AUGGGGGGCUGCACUUCAACGAAAGCUAAAGUUGUUAAACCUUCAUAGAAUGGAGGCCUCGUUUAUACCCCAAGAGGUACAAGCAUAAUGUACAACCUGGCAAUGAGAGAUAUAAAAGGAUUUAGAAAAUCAGAUACAGUUGAACUACAUUAUGAGAUUAAGGAAACAAUAGGAAGAGGUUCAUUUGGAGAAGUUCUUAAAGCUGUGCAUAUACCGAGUGGGGAUAUUCGAGCAAUUAAAAUUAUUGAAAAGAAGAAGAUACAUAAGCACGAUAUCCUAGUUAGAUUACUUUUGUAAGAGUUUUAAGUAUUACAAGAAACUGAUCAUCCUCAUCUAAUGAGAAUUCAUGAAAUGAUGGAAGAUGAGAAGCAUUACUAUAUUAUAUCUGAGUUGUUAGAGGGUGGUGAGUUAUAUGAUAGAAUUUUGAAAAUUAAAAGGUUUUGUGAGAGAGAUGCAGCUAUAAUAAUCCAUUAGGUCCUGCUAGGUCUGAAUUAUAUGCAUAAGAAGAAUAUUGUCCACAGAGAUAUCAAGCCAGAAAACAUAUUGUUCGAAACUCUGGACAAUAAAAACUUGAAUAUUAAGAUUACAGAUUUUGGAUUUGCUUAGUUUUAUGAACCAGAAAAAGGAGGAAUGACUGAUACUCUUGGAAGCCCGUUAUAUAUGGCUCCUGAAAUUAUUAAAAAGGUCAAAUACGAUUUCAAAGUUGAUGUUUGGUCGAUGGGAGUCAUCACAUAUAUUUUAUUGACAGGAAAACCACCUUUUAAUGGCAAAUCUAAAGAUGAAAUUUUUCUUCAGGUUGCUACAAAGGCUGUGAGCUUUUCUGACGUUAUCUGGGGAAAAGUCAGUUCUGAGGCGUUGCAAUUUGUUAAGAAGUGCUUGACUCGGGAUCAAAGAUAUCGCCCAUCAAUAGAAGAACUGUUAGAAUCAGAUUGGAUCAAGAAUACAAUUGAUAGACCGGUUUUGACAAAUGAUUAGCUUCUAGAUAUAAGUAAUAAUCUUCAGAAAUUUAGAAGAUACUCUUCAUUUUAAUCAGGAAUUAUGGCUUACAUCAUGUAAUUUCAUGAGGAAUAUGGUGAGUAUGAUGAGCUUAGAAGAAUAUUUUUAGCUCUAGAUAAGACUAACGAUGGAAAACUUACUAUAGAGGAAAUUCAUGAAGGACUUUAGUAGGUUUUAGGUAAAGUUAAACAUAAAGCAAGAGAAUUUGAGUAAAUCAUGGUUGAUCUAGACAAAGAUUGCAACGGUGUUAUUGAUUAUUCUGAAUUCUUAACUGCUGCUGUAAAUAAAAGAAGACUACUCUAGGAAGAUAAUCUAUAGAUAGCAUUCUAAAUGAUUGACUCCGAUAAAAAUGGGUAGCUGAGUAUCCAAGAACUGAAGGAUGCCUUUGAGAUAUAAAAUAAAAAGGAUGAAAAAUUAUGGAAACAGAUCAUGAAUGAGGUUGACAAGAAUAAAGAUGGAUCAAUAAGCUACGAAGAAUUUACCGAUGUAAUGAAUAAAGUUGUUGAGAUAAAUUACAGAGAUUUAGCUAAGACUGUGUAGAAAAAAUUAUAAUAGCAAAUCAACCUUAGUCUGUAAUAAGGUCUUUGA